AUGGCCCCCAAACGAAAAGCGAGCGCUCUCGAAGAAAACAGCGCCGAACAGCCAACACUGCGUCGCUCCGCUAGAGCCAGAGGAGCAGCGAUUGCCGACAAGGCAUUGGUUCCAUCGUCUGCUCAAGCCGGCAAAGAGUCGCCGAAAGUAGUGGCCAAAAAUGCCAAACGCCGGCGACCUACAGGCAAGGACAAGGCCAAUGGUGCUGACAGCAAGGUUUCCGACUCGGGAUCACCGGCUACUGCUGGAAAUAUAUCAGAGUCAACCGAGGAUGUUGCAGGGACGGGCGACGGCAACAGGCAGUAUUGGCUAAUGAAGGCCGAGCCAGAGCCACGUUUUGAGCGCGGUGUCGAUGUGAGCUUCUCUAUUGAUGACCUGGCCGCAAAGUCGGAGCCGGAACCUUGGGAUGGUAUCCGCAACUAUGUUGCACGAAACAAUUUACGUGCGAUGAAGAAGGGCGACUUGGCCUUCUUUUAUCAUUCAAACUGCAAGGAGCCUGGAAUCGUAGGAACGAUGGAGGUUGUCCAGGAGCAUUCACCCGAUUUUUCCGCACAUGACUCUAAAGCGCCUUAUUACGACGCCUCUUCAAAGCCUGACAACCCUAAAUGGAGCGUUGUUCAUGUCGAGUUCCGGAGCAAGUUUGCUGCACCCAUUACGCUUAAGGAACUGCGAGAAUUGGGUUCCGGGCCUGGAAAGCCACUGCAGAACAUGCAGAUGCUCAAGCAAUCCCGCCUGAGCGUUAGCAAGGUCUCCGAGGACGAAUGGGAACACCUUAUGGGCAUAGCAAAAGAUAAGGGCCCCAUUCGAACAGCCGGUGUUUGA